GCAGGUAGUUAGUAGUCAGCAUGUAGUUUUCACCUCACUCCUUGUGUCGUGAUGCCAUUUUCAUUUUUAUUAAACCUUUAUAAUUACAGGUUGUUAUCCCAUUUAAAAGAGAGAAAUGUUUCUGCUGAAUGAAAUCUAUGCAAACAUAAAGAGAACCACUCAGGUCUCAGUUGUGAGGAGCCUCUGUGGUCUGUAACGGUCGCUGACCCGUAUCUGGGCCAUCAUCAUGAACCUUCCUCAGCUGCAGUCUCAGCACCGAGUCCUCCUGCAGGCCCGGUUAAUCCCGUCUGAUCUACCGUUUCUCCACCAUCUGUGAUGACUUGGAUUCAUUGUUGUCCCACAAACAUCUCCUGCCUGUCGUUCUCCUGACGCCUGUCCAUCAUCAGGUCCAUCAUCAGGUCCAUCAUCAGGUCCAUCAUCAGGUCCAUCAUCAGGUAACAUCCCAGUAUCCGACACGGAGGAAACCUGUCAGAGCUCAGGCUGAAGCUGCUCUCCUGCUCUUUGCUCCUGAACCAUCCGGUCAUGGUUCAGAGGGUGAGGAACACAGAUGCAGGAUAAUUUGAAACAAGGCGCGCUGCUUCUGGUAAUUGAGUUAGCGAGCAGCGCAGAGAUCUUGUUAGAGCUGCAGCUCAGGGACUCCCGGCAGUCUGACAGAAAAGGCUAAUUAAGCAGAGCCGAUAACGAACACCAGCGUCCUCCGCAGAGGAAACUUCACUCCGCUGCUCUGACCUCUGGGCCAAUUAGCUUCAACGAACCAGGGCAGCGAAUCUGACGUCUCCUGAUUCAAUGUCAGGAAGAAAACUGACGAGAUGGACAGUUUCUGAAACACCUGACCUGAUCGCCAUUUAUGGAGGAAGAUCUUCUCCUCAGAGCAAACAUGGAGAUGUAACCCUUAGAGAGUCGGUUUGAUCAGAAGCAGCUGGAGCCAAUCACAGCGCUGCUGCCUUCAGGGUCAGCCGUCCUGUGGGACGUCUGGACGUUGGCUAUAAGACGAGCAGAGAAGAGACGCUGAGUGUCCUGCAGAGGAGACGUUGCAGCAGCAGCAGUGAAUGCAUCACCAACCACCUGAAACCAGAACCGUCUGGAUGACUGGAAGCCAGAAGAAGUGAAGCGGCCAUGUUGGAGGCUCUUCCUUGGAGGAACUUCUCCCACACCAGCUUCCAGUUCAGAUGUUUCCCUGAGCUACAGGAACACCGCUGGAUUCUGGCGCUCCUGUUCUUCCUCUGCUUCCUGUGCGUGCUGCUGGGAAACUCACUGCUGGUGUUCGUUAUCCGCAGGGUGGAGCGUCUGCACAGCCCCAUGUACGUCCUCAUCUGCAUGCUGUGCGUUGUGGACAUCCUGGUGGUCACCACCAUCCUCCCCAACAUGCUCCUCACCCUGCUCUUCAACCGGAGCCAUAUCUCGCUGGCCGGCUGCCUCAUCCAGAUGUUCUUCACCCACUUCCUGUCCUCCCUGGAGUCCACGCUGCUGCUGGCCAUGGCGCUGGACCGCUACGUGGCCAUCUGCAGGCCGCUGCACUACACCGACGUCAUGAACUCGUCCAUGUUCCUCAAACUGCUUCUUUUCACGCUCGUGCGCAGCGUCUCCAUCAUGUCGACACUGGUGGUUCUGGCUGGUUCUCUGAGGUUCUGCGGCUCCAACACCAUCCAGCACUGUUACUGUGACCACAUGGCGCUGGUCAGCCUGGCCUGCACCAGUAAAGAGAGGAACCACGCGGCCGGCUUGGCGGUGAUCAUCUGCUUCGUCGGGGUGGACAUCCCCAUCAUCUUCUUCUCCUACAUGAAGAUCCUGAGCGUUGUGCUGCAAGCGGCGGCGGCCAGCGAGGACCGCCGGAAGGCCUUCCACACCUGCAGCACCCAUCUGAUGGUUUUGGUGUGUUUCUACCUGGUGGGCACCAUCACCUUCCUGUCCGGCGGCCUGGACAUCCCCAUAGCGACGGGCAUCAACACCCUGAUGGGUGUCAUGUACAUCCUGAUCCCAGCGACGGUCAAUCCCAUCAUCUACGGCGUUCGCACCAAAGAGAUCCGGCAUGGCCUUCAAAGGCUGUUUAGACUCAGAGCAAAGAGGAUCCUGUCUCUGAAGGUCUUGCCUUCUGGAAAAGGACAAGCGUGACAGACUGGAGAGUCGGUCCGGACGGGAACCUGAGAGCUUAGUGAGGCCAUCCCAUCAGGAGUAAUAAUCCAAAGUCCUGUCUUCAAAGUAUUUCCACUACAUUGUCAAAAGCUUUCGCUCAUCUGCCUUCACACACACACGUGUUCUUGAGUGGCACCUCCGGCUUAAUCCAUCGGAUUUAUCAUGAUUUCAGAUCAUCCUUUGCAGCUGCAGCAGCUUCAGGAAGGAUUUACACCAAAUUUAGGGAUGAAUUCAUGGGAACCUUUGAUUGUUAUUCUAAAAGCAGAAUUGUGAGGUCAGACAUAAGAAGGUCUGGAUCACAGUCCCCUCCAUAAUUCAUCCCAAAGGUAUGUUGAAACAGAAAGGUCUUAAACUGUUGCUACAAAGAUCCGAGCGUUAAAUUGUCCUGAAUGUCUUGGUUUGCUGCAGCAUUGGGAGUUCCUUUUAUUGAAGCUAAAGGACCGACCAUAAUCCUCCUUCCAUCAAACUUUACGCUUUACAAAAUGCAGUCAGGCAAGCACUGUUCUCCUGGUCAGCAGAUGUGUCUUUUCAUUGUUUUAUCGUUGCACUUGGUGAAGAAGGGUUUGGAUUAGUGUUACGUCGAUGCCAUUUUUUGGCCCAGAUCCCGACACCAUCUGUUUGAAAUUGAUGUGUGUGUGUGUAUAUAUGAAGAACUGCAUACUACUUAGGGUAGUAGAACUUUUCAUUUCCUACCUGGAAUGGAUGACAAUAGUUAAAUAAACUUUUGGCUCUCAAAGGCCAAAAUAGUGCAACAUUCGUGAAAUUAUAACAUGUAUAAUAGUAGUGCAA